CGGAGGUCGACGAACCACUGUCCUGGAACCGUGGAGGGCGAGCUUGUAAAUAAUCCUCUUAGAAACGGCUCUCACCACUUAUUUUGACACUUUUAUACUGUGAACCUCUUCUUUUAUCCACCGCGGUGUCUGUUUUGAAAUGAUCAAGAACGGGAGCCACGCGGCGGUGGAGCCGCAGGGAGAAGCCGGGUGUCGCGCGCCGGCCGGGUCCGGCUGCAGUCCGGAGAAAAGAAAGCGCCUCGUUCGGUUAUGGUGCGACGGCUGUUAUGACAUGGUGCAUUAUGGUCACUCCAACCAGCUGCGCCAGGCCAAAGCCAUGGGAGAUUACCUCAUCGCUGGAGUUCACACGGAUGAGGAGAUUUCCAAGCAUAAGGGCCCUCCUGUCUUCACUCAAGAAGAACGCUACAAGAUGGUUCGUGCCAUCAAGUGGGUGGAUGAGAUUGUGGAGGGAGCCCCGUACGUCACCACACUGGAGACUCUGGACAAGUACAACUGUGACUCUUGUGUGCAUGGCGAUGACAUCACACUGACUGUUGAUGGCAAAGACACGUAUGAGGAAGUGAAGCGUGCCGGGCGGUACAGGGAAUGCAAACGUACUCAGGGGGUCUCCACCACUGACCUGGUGGGACGUAUGCUUCUAAUGACCAAAGCUCAUCACAGCAACAUGAACAAUCCAGAAUACCAGCAACACGCUGACAAUUUUGGGAAGGGCCCUAAAGGAACCAGCCCCUGGACUGGAGUGUCCCAGUUCCUGCAGACGUCACAGAAGAUCAUCCAGUUUGCUUCAGGAAAGGAGCCGCAGCCUGGAGACACCAUCAUCUAUGUGGCUGGCGCGUUCGACCUCUUUCACAUCGGCCAUGUCGACUUCCUGGAGAUGGUUUACAAACAAGCAGAGAGGCCGUACGUUAUCGUUGGACUCCACUUCGACCAGGAAGUGAAUCGGUACAAGGGAAAGAACUACCCAAUCAUGAACAUCCAUGAGAGAACGCUGAGCGUCCUGGCCUGUCGGUACGUGUCUGAAGUGGUGAUCGGUGCUCCGUACGCAGUGAGCAAAGACCUGCUGGACCACUUCAAGGUGGACCUCGUUUGUCACGGCAAGACGGAGGUGUUUCCCGACAAGGACGACUCAGAUCCUUACGCAGAGCCAAAGAAGAGAGGGAUCUUUCGGACCAUCGACAGUGGGAACAACCUCACCACCGACGACAUUGUCCAGAGAAUCAUAAAGAACAGGCUGCAGUACGAAGCCAGGAACCAGAAGAAAGAAGCCAAAGAGGUGGCCGUGAUCGAAGCCAUGAAGAGGAGGCAGCAGCAGAGUCAGGCUGCAGACCAGGAGGCCCAGUAGGGAAAAAGCAGAGCUGAAUGUUGGUACCAUUUCUCCUCGAAAGAACUCAGCCCGAGCGAGCCAGUCUGCCCCGGCAGACCCAAUCUGGCCUUCACGCUGCUGUUAGCUUCUGUGGGCUCCACUUGUGUGGAAGGAGUCCGGGACACUCUUGAACGCCUCACGUCAUCUUAAUCUUUUGUCAGCUUUUAUUGAACCCUCACCCCUCAGUAACUUAUUAACACCAUGCUCACGUGAGUCUAGCCCACCCUACUGUGCAUUUUAACUUUGUGAAUGAAAGAGGAAGCGAGGGAGCGAUUGUUUGCUCUGUAAAUAACGGUAAUGCCUGGUUAAGCUUAUGCAAUAGCUGAAGCGGGUUUGUUUGCUUUUAGAGUCACUGAGGGGCUGAAAAAGCUCUUCUUUUAUUUGUGUCAGACAAUCACACACACGUGGGACAGAAAGGAUCUGCUAACAAUGAUAGUCAUGUUCUUCCAAUGUGUUGUUUCAACACUGAAGUUCAAUGUUUAAUGCAGGAAGUGAUUUAUACCACUGGACUCUGUUGACAAGUUUGAAUGUAUUAA